AUGGAUUAUUAUCCUACGGAGGAAGAAGAGUUCGAGCUGGUGUACGAGGAUGACCUCGAAGCAAUGAACGAUAUGGAUGACGAUCCACCUGAACGGGGUAACGGUUUACCGGUGCCUAGUACACCAUCUGAAAGAAAUAAUGGUCCUAGAUCAUCCAGCUCCUGCUAUCGGACACCUGGUCAGUUGGGUACGAUUGACGAAAGUCCACUGGCCAGUCCAGCGCUAUCAGUGAUUACUCGCGGGAGCAGUACCGCGCACAAACGGCUCUUCGAUACUCCAGGUCCAUCGUCGCUGGCAGUGGCGCAUCGUGGUGGCGUUCGUGCGGCGUCCACACCUUUUCCCGGAGCAACAGAAUCCAGAAAUGCACUUCAAGCACUGCAACAAGUGGACGUUAACCCACGAAAACGUCGACUCGAUGCGUUAUUCGGUGACAUUCAUGACAUCGAAGAGGAGGAGCCGUAUGAUCAGCUCGUGUAUAGUUCGCAGAAGAAGUCGAAAACAGAAGAGGAACAGGACAUGGAGUUGAUCGAGCAAAUCCUUGAAGCACGCCAGCGAUACAAUGCAGUAGUAAAUCCAUCAAAACCAUCGCUAUUAUCACGAGCGGAAGCAUUACAUCGGUUCAAAAUGGACAACAUAUCAUUGGAGCCUCCCAAGUGGCCAUCGAUGACUAUUAUGCGUAGUGAUAAGACCUGCAUUUAUGUUCGGUUUCACUCGGAAGAGUUUGAGAAAAAACAAAUCGACGAAAUCAGCUGUACCGGGAAUGGAUACAGCGGUCUUUUGGGAACGCAGAAGGAGCUUAUCUGGGAAGAGGCAAAUGAAAUAGUUGCAAAACGAUUAACGGAUACGGGCAAUGAAGUAGUCGAAAUGACUGAACCUAGGGAAAUCGUAAUACCCACCGAAACAAGCACACUGUGGGUGGAAAAGUACCGUCCUCGGCGGUACAUUGAUUUGCUUUCGGAUGAAACCACAAACCGAAACCUGCUGCAGUGGUUAAAGCUCUGGGAUAAGGCUGUUUUUGGUCGGGAACCGGUAAAAAAGCCAACAGAGACUAAAAACCAACUUAGCAGCUUUAACAAGAAAACGGGUCGUUUCGAAUCGACCGGUGGCUGGGCGAAGGGUGCUCGUAAGAAUCGCUCCACGCUUAACACCGAGCUGGAUCAACACGGAUGUCCGAUACAAAAAGUAGCUCUACUAUGCGGACCUCCUGGACUGGGAAAGACCACCCUGGCGCAUACGAUCGCUCGGCAUGCUGGAUAUGCCGUGCGGGAGGUUAACGCUUCGGACGAUCGUAGUCCCGACGCGUUCCGCUUGGUGCUGGAGAAUAGCACGCAGAUGAAAUCGGUGCUUAACAAGGACAACCGGCCGAAUUGUAUCAUAUUGGACGAAAUCGACGGUGCUCCGCUGGCGGCGAUCGAGUUUCUACUCCGUUUCAUCGCUGGCAACGCGGGCUCCCAGAAGGCUGGAGCUAAGAAAGGCGGGAAAACAGGCAACGAAAAGUUCGUUCUGAAGCGGCCGAUCAUUUGCAUUUGUAACGACAUGUACGCGCCGGCAUUGCGACAACUACGGCAGGUGGCUUUUGUCGUGAACUUCCCACCGACGGAGUGCGCACGGCUUGCAGAUCGGUUACUGGCGAUAGCAGAAAAGGAGCGCAUAACUACUGAUCUUGCAUCGAUGUUUGCACUCGCUGAGAAGACCGGCAACGAUGUGCGGUCAUGCCUGUCGAUGCUGCAGUUUUUUGCGAGUGCGAAAAAACCAAUUCGGCUAACGGAUGUCCUUAAGAGCACCGUCGGCCAAAAGGACCGUCAGAAGGGGCUGUUCAGUAUAUGGUCAUCGAUCUUCCAAAUAAACCGCCCGAAGAAAACAGUCAACGAGGAUCCGAAUGCUACACUGACGGAAGUCGUCACGCUAACAGACAUGUCGGCUAAGACACGAAUGUCGAACGUAAUCGAGGUGGUAACGAUGGCCGGUGAUUACGAGCGUCUGAUGCAGGGCGUGUACGAAAAUUACCUUCACCAAAAGAUGCCGGAUUCAAAUAUGUGUGGCAUCGCAGAGGCUAUAGAUUGGUUUGGCUUCAACGAUCGACUGCUGCACAUUGUGAACCAGAAGCAGAACUACUCCAUUUAUCCAUAUCUGGCGUACGGGUUCGUCAUGUGGCACUAUCUGUUUGCAACCCUGGCCUGGCCUAAAAUCAACUUCCCCAGCAAAGGAUACGAGCAUUCGCAAAAGCUCGCCGGCACGAAGCUAAUCCUUACCGGGCUACGGAAAGGAUUGUCCGCACACUUGAAGGGCGUCGGUGAGGGAUCGUCGAUGAUAAUCGACACGAUACCAAUGCUGAAGCGCGUCAUCAACCCAUCCUUGCGGUCCGUUUCGUUGCAGCUACUAUCGCAAAAGGAGAAAUCCGACCUCACCCACACGGUGCAGGUGAUGGCAGACUUCGGGCUGAACUACAUCCAGCUGAAAACGCCCGAGGGCACCUACCAGUACCAGCUGAAUCCGGAUCUCGAUCAAUUGUGCUCGUUCAACGGCGUCGCAGGCCAAAGCUCAACCUACUUCGGCAAGCAGAUCGUAGCGCGCGAGGUCGAGCUAGAGCAGAUGCGUCGAGCCCAGCCGAAAGCGAUCGAUAGCGGAAAUGGCGUGCGAGGUGUCGCCGGUUCGAACACAAAAUCCACCGAAAAGGGUCUCCACCGGUCGAAGGAGAACACGGUGCCGGUCGGUACGAGCAAAGCCAAGAAGGUGAACGAAAACCCAAAGACGUCUACGGAGCUUCCAAAUCACCUGCGCACGCUGAAACCGAAGCAAAUUGUGCAGAAAACGAAGGAAGUGAUUUCGAAGGACUUUUUCGGGCGCAUCUCUACGAAGGAAACGGCUCUGUCGGUCAAGGAGGGUGGAACCGAUGCCAUUGUAAAAAGUCCCAUCUGGUAUCGGUACAAGGAAGGUUACAACAACGCCGUCCGGAAAGAUGUAACAUUAAAAGAUCUAAUGUAACUGAUCGUGGAAUCUAGAAGAUUCUUUCAGUUGAUG